AACCAAAAAAACUCAUUCUAAUCCUUAAUAAAAAACACUAAAUUAAAAAAUUUGAUUAUUCUACAGGAACUACAACCCUGAAAGUAGGAAAGAACGAGUGAGCAGGGAAGAGGCCAUGGAAGAACUGAUAGAUGUGAUAGAAUCAACAAUACCACCAGAAAAUUCUACACCACGGAUAGUUGAAAGGACCGAAGACUAUCUUAGAUUGGAGUACCAAAGUCCAAUCAUGGGGUUUGUGGAUGAUGUCGAGUUCUGGUUCCGACCAGACAGGGACUCAAUUGUGGAGUAUCGAUCAGCAUCCCGGUUUGGGACCUUUGACUUUGAUGUGAACAGGAAAAGGAUCAGGGCAUUGCGACUAGAGUUGGAAAAGAGAGGAUGGGCAUCUCAAGAUUCAAUAUACACUUUGCAAACUAAGGCGUAUCUAGGGAGGAGUUAGUAAAGGCUACAAUCAUCAUUUCAAAUUUUUUUGAAAAUCUCACUGGUUAUACGUAUUUUUAUGUAGAUUUUUUGUAAUUCUCCCAUUUUCGAAAGUUUUGUUCUUGUAAAUUCAUGAGUUUUGAGUUUGCAUUUAUGUUAUAUUUGGCGAUAGUAAUAUUGAGAAUCAAUGACACUCUUUACCAGGUCUUA